ACCUCUUUUGGAUGUAACACACGAAGUUCGAUCGACGCUCGUCCUGGCGUCCUCUCCAACCGUGAAUCGGCUGUGACAGAUCACCGCGCGAUCGUCUCGAGGAUAACGCACGACAAUUUUUCUUCGUCCUCGUCGUUCUGAACUCUCUCGUCGUAGACGCAGACGGUGGUGGUUCGUUUCCCUCUUUUGUUCUGUCUUCUUUUUUUUUUUUUUUUAAAUAUUUGCAUUUCUCGUCGAUCGGAUCUCGAUCUCGAGUAUUCCGGGAAACAUGAGCAAGUACUUUGUGACCAUUCUGUGGCUGCUUCCGGUGCUGGCAACGGCUCUGCCAGCCAACGACAAGUCUGGAAAUGAAAACGACCUAAUGGCGACCAUAUACAGCGACUGUUUGAAGAAGGAGUCGAUCAACUGCAUCAAGUACAAGGUAUUCUCGUACGUGGACAAGAUGCUCGCUGAUAAGGAAGAUAUCACGCUCACAGACGGCAUUACUGUGGUCAAGACGUCGAAUGCCGAGGAAGGUGCACCUAGAUCAAUCGAGUCUAGCGAUUUGGAUACCCUUUUGUUCGACCGUCUGGGCAGGUUCCUGAAGACGCACACUGUUAAAGUUGACCUCAAGGGAACCGAUAUCCUCGGUGCCAUUGAGUCUGCCGGUCGAAGUUUCGAGGACUUCACCGACAACGCUGUCGAAAGUCGUGGCAAGAAGAAGAAGGCGCAAAAGAUCCUCGGCCCGCUGAUGAUGGCCUUGGCCUUGAAGGCCGCAGCCCUGUUACCCUUGGCCCUCGGCGCGAUCGCCGCCAUCGCUGGCAAGGCUCUUCUCGUCGGCAAGAUCGCCCUCGUCAUUUCCGCCAUUAUCGGGCUGAAGAAGCUGCUCAGCUCGAGCGGGAAACACGUGACGUACGAGGUCGUGUCGCACCCCCAUCACAGCAGCAGCCACAUCGUCAGCCACGACGACAGCCACGGUGGCGGCGGCGGCGGCUAUGGUGGCGGUAGCGCUGACUAUGGCGGUUACUCCGGAAGCAGUGGCCACGGUUGGGCCAGAAGUUUACCUCAAGAUGCUCACGAACUGGCCUACCGCGCUCAUCAACCUCAGACACAAGCAUGAACAAUCUCGUAGAAAGUUUCCUCACUUUUCUCCUUUAACGGUCCUCUUUGAACAACUCUUUCCUUUCGUUUCCUCUUUCGUUUCUCUUCCCUCUUCUUGCCUUUUCAUCACGAUCCCAGCGCUCCCUGUUUUAUACGUAUUUAUUGUUCCUACUCUCGUCACUUGAACAUUUCCGUAUGUUAUUUCCCCUGUCCUCUCUUAGCCUUUCCUGGAAAUUCUUUGGAAUUCUCUGUUUUUUUUUUCUUUUUUUGUUAUUACUAUUUUCUUCUAUUUCUACGACGAACCAGUACCUUCGCGAGAUACUCGUUCUGUGUAUGUAUAGCGUAACUCGAGCCUCUGUUAUUUAUUCAUUGCGCCUAUAACACGACCUAGUAUUUAUUUAAUUUCAUGCAUUCGAUCGUGUGCUAUUUGUUACUGCCUGCAUUUGUUCUUUGUAAUAAAGAGAUGGCGAACGGCGCGCAGCGUCUUGUCCCAAAGAAAAACGCAA